AUGCCUGACUUCCUAAUCGACCUUCUCAAGCGAAACAAGUCUGCAGAAACCAAGCAUUCACUGGACGCUCUGCAAGACUCGGCUUCAGAAAUGACAUUGAUCGAGAAAGCAAAAGCAAGACCGUAUCACAUACAAAAGAACAAAAACAGACAAACAAACACGCAUUUCAAUCCGGCCGAUCUUUGUUUCGGCUCAUGUUGCCGGAACUGA